CGGGCCGCGUUCCACUUCCCAUUCCACAACGUAGAAGCCUGUGAAGGACAAUCGUUGGCUGUGACGUCACGGAGCUUUACGCCGCUGAGCGGAAGAAAGGGAGGGCGGCCGCGGCAGGCAGAGUGCUGGCGGCGGCUGUACCGAGCAGUGACCGGGCUUCGGUGAGGGGCCGCAGGUAGUUUUCCAGGCAGAAGCUGUUCUCCAUCAUUAUUACUUGAGGCAAUGUCUGUUCCUUCACAGCUCCUCUUUCCUCUCAUAAGGAACUGUGAGAUUGGCAGAAUAUGCAGUUCCAUGUGUUACUGCCAUCACAAGCCUCUCUGCUGUCGGUCUGCUUACCAGUCUGUGAAGCCCAGCCGAUGCUUAGCAGAUGGAAAGUUUGCUUCAACAUUUUGCAGGCCCAACUUGCAUUGUGCCCAACUGAGGAGAUAUGUAACGACACCACAGAGAUUUUACUUGACUCCCCCUCAGGUCAAUAGCAUAUUGAAAGCCAAUGAAUAUAGUUUCAAAGUGCCAGAAUUCGACGGUAAGAAUAUCAGUUCUGUCCUCGGUUUUGACAGUAAUCAGUUACCGGCGAAUGCUCCAAUUGAAGACCGUAGAAGUGCUGCCACGUGUUUACAGACCAGAGGCAUGCUUCUUGGUGUGUUUGAUGGUCAUGCUGGUUGUGCAUGCGCUCAGGCAGUCAGUGAGAGACUGUUCUACUAUAUUGCUGUUUCAUUGCUACCUCAUGAAACUCUGCUUGAGAUUGAACAUGCUGUAGAAAGUGGUCGGGCUCUCUUGCCAAUUUUGCAGUGGCACAAGCAUCCAAAUGAUUACUUUAGCAAAGAGGCUUCCAAACUCUACUUCAAUAGUUUACGAACCUAUUGGCAAGAACUGAUUGAUCUUAAUUCAGGUGAAAGCACCGAUGUCAAGGAGGCACUAAUAAAUUCCUUCAAGAGACUUGACAAUGACUUGUCGUUAGAAGCUCAAGUAGGGGAUCCUAACUCCUUUUUGAACUACUGGGUCUUACGAGUGGCCUUUUCAGGAGCUACUGCAUGUGUGGCCCAUGUGGAUGGCGUAAACUUGCAUGUGGCAAACACAGGAGAUAGCCGAGCCUUGCUUGGUGUCCAAGAGGAAGAUGGCUCUUGGUCUGCUGUAACCAUGUCCUAUGACCAUAAUGCUCAAAAUGAUUCAGAGGUGAAACGCCUUAGGACAGAGCAUCCGAAGGAAGAGAAGAGUGUUGUGAAACAAGACCGACUUUUAGGAUUGCUCAUGCCUUUUAGAGCUUUUGGAGAUGUCAAAUUUAAAUGGAGCAUCGACCUGCAGAAACGUGUAGUCGAAUCGGGUCCUGACCAACUGAAUGAUAAUGAAUACACAAAAUUCAUCCCUCCCAACUACCACACUCCACCAUACUUAACUGCAGAACCGGAAGUCAUAUAUCACAAAUUACGGCCGAAGGACAAGUUCCUUAUUCUAGCCACGGAUGGUCUUUGGGAGACCAUGCACAGACAGGAUGUCGUGAAAAUUGUAGGAGAGUACCUAACUGGUGUUCACCAUCAGCAGCCCAUAGCAGUAGGAGGCUACAAAGUUACUCUGGGACAGAUGCAGGGCCUUCUUGUGGAUAGAAGGGCCAGAAUAUCUUCGGUGUUUGAAGAUCAAAAUGCAGCUACACACCUUAUACGACAUGCAGUGGGCAAUAACGAGUUUGGGAGUGUUGACCAUGAGCGAUUGUCCAAAAUGCUUAGUCUUCCAGAAGAAUUGGCACGGAUGUACAGAGAUGAUAUCACAAUCAUAGUGGUGCCAUUUAAUUCUCAUGUAAUUGGAGCACAUCAAAGCGUGUAAACCUACAAAGUUGAGCCUCUCUAGUUCAAACAUGCAAAAAAUGACUAUUCAAAGCCAACCCAUGGGAAGAAGUCUCAUCUUGCCCCUUUCUAAUAUCAUAUCAUUAUUUUUUUUUUAUUUUUUUACUAAGUUUACUUCAUUUUGUGGUUCAGGAUUGCCUGCAUACUAUGCACCUUACUGUGUUGAAGGUUAACGUUGAGAUGUACAAGGAAUAAUCGUAUUGACGUUUGACACUAGAUUUGAUUAUUUCCUAAUGUACAGAGGCCACCCCCAAACAAAGCAUACUGAGGGCGAUUUACACAUGGUACAUUUUCACCAAAGGCUAUGUUCAUUCAAUGUACCCAGUUGAAUUUGUGUUUUGAGUGUGUGGUGUGUUUUUUUUUUUUUUUUUCUUUUUUUUCCUGAGCCUGAUUGGGUAUUUUACACUGAACACAUUAGGUGUUCUGGCUCUAGAGCAUUCACUUGUUGGGUAUGUACAUCCGUUUACCUGUGCUGUUAACUUGUAGUGUGCUUGGCCAUUUAAUGUGCUUCUUUUAAGAGUGCCCUAGGAUCCCCAAAACCCAUAGUGCUCUAUCAUGCAAAGACCCACUUCAGCCCAGAAGUCUAAGGUUCAUAGUCCAACUGAGACUACCAACAGGAUCAGUUCAUAUAACAGCUACAUCUAAUCAGCACUCAUAAUUGCAGUUUAUGUAUAUUCCCUAAACAUAAUGUUUCCAGGUUGUGGCAUAAAAUGUUGGAUUGUUUUGAUUUAUUUGCUUAUCAAUGCAUGAAGUUAUCUUCUACUGUUUGCACUUUC